CAAAACUAAACCCAAAACUCACCCUUCUCAUGACUUUCCAUUCUCUCUCAUCUGUAAAUUUUUACUGUUGUACUCCAAACUCAUCUUUACUCUGUUUACACAUCUGGGUUCUCUUUAUUUUCAACCACUUUCUCUUUGGUUCCCUCAACUUUCCCUCCACCAGAAACCAUUUUCUUCAGCUUCUGAUCAAAGUGUUUGAUCAGCAUUCUAAGAACCUGGUUGGUACAAACAUCAAGUAACAAUGAGUUUGAUUGGAAGGGAACGGUGUGAUGAUGAUUUCUCCGUCAUUGGAGACAAGGGAGAAAUCGGAUUUCUUGACUUUGAGGAUGACAAAUCUUUGUGUGCUUAUGACCCAAAUGAAGAGGGUCCGGUUCUUAUCUCCAUUCCAUUUCCCUUCAUACGAGGAAAGCCUCUGUCUGUUUUUGUUGGAGAAACUUCCGCGCAUCCAAUUACCAUACAAAACACAACAAGUGAACCGGUGGAACUCUGGGGAGUCAACUUUUUCUGUUCAAAUCCCGCAGAUUCGUUCACUUUAUCCCUCCUCAAACCACCUUCAGUCAAUUCAGAUGCGGACUACAUUCAAGACUUUAUGGAGGGAUUUUCGCUCGAGGAUAGAGUUCUUCAGCCACUCCAGACUCAAACUAUUUGGUUAUCUUGCAAACCGAAAGACAUUGGUCUGCACACAUCCGUGGUACAUUUUGAUGUAGGAGACGAAAGGAUUGAACGGGUAGUUUUUGUAUUGGCUGAAGACAAGAUCUCGCGGUCCUUGGCUUCAAAGAAGCCUUAUUCAAGAUUUCCGAGAAGAAAACAAUUUGCCACUAAUGAGUCAGCUAAGACGAAAACCCGAGGGCUAGAUUAUAAACUUCCUCUGUUUGAAAUUCCAACGGGUGUUAGAGAGCUAGUGGAGAAUAAGCAAGUCCCUGAGGUUAUUACACACGGUCUUAUGAAGGAGAACUAUGCUACUUACUUCAAUACAUUGCUUAACAUGGAAGAGCUACAUUUGGAGAAAGAAAUGAGGUGUCAUGACAUGGAGCGCAUUACCAUGAGGAGGAAAGGGGCUAAUUUGUUGGCUCUCGCCGAUCCUGGGCUCGCUGAGAGAAGGCCUUCGCUUGUGCAUGGUGAUUUUGCUUUUGCAAUGCUUGCCUUUCAAGGUGAAAAUGAUACUUCUCCUCCAUACCAGGGCAUCAUCCACCGUAUUGAGGCUGACGAUGUGCUUCUGAAGUUCAGCAAGAAUUUCCAUAUGAAUUAUCAAGUUGGAGUUCUGUACAACAUUAGAUUUUCAUAUAAUAGGGUGAACAUACGAAGAUUAUAUCAUGCUGUCCAAGCAGCAGAGAGUUUAGAUACAAAUUUUCUCUUUCCAUCUCAAUCAACAAAAAGAUUAAUCAAAAUGACUCAAAUCGUCCCUUUCACACCUCUCAAUGAGGAGCAGCAGCGAGCUGUUGAGACGAUCCUUGGUUGCGAAGGAGCUCCUCCCUAUGUCAUCCAUGGGCCUCCAGGUCAAUAUGCAACAAGAAAAGAUGCUCAUGUUCUUGUUUGUGCUGCUUCAAACAGUGCAGCGGAUCAUAUCUUGGAGAAACUUGUCAAUAAUGAAGCGGUUGGGGUCAAAGAGAACGAGAUUUUCAGGCUAAAUGCAACUAGCCGGUCUUAUGAGGAUGUUCAAGCUAAUAACAUUCGCUUUUGCUUUUUUGAAGAUUUCAUUUUCAAAUGUCCACCGCUCAUGGCCUUAAUGCAUUAUAGGGUCAUCAUCUCCACCUAUAUGAGUUCAUCACUACUUUACGUAGAAGGUAUUUGUUGCGGCCACUUCUCACAUGUCUUCUUAGAUGAGGCCGGCCAAGCUUCAGAACCAGAAGCCAUGGUUCCUAUAUCCAAUCUUUGUGAAAGCGAAACUGUUGUCGUUCUUGCAGGAGACCCCAUGCAACUAGGCCCGGUAGUAUAUUCCAAAGAUGCAAAGGUUUUCGGGUUAGGAAAAUCUUAUCUAGAAAGACUUUUUGAAUGUGAAUAUUACCACAACAGGGAUGAAAGUUUCAUCACAAAAUUAGUGAGGAAUUACCGUUGUCACCCUGCAAUUCUACACGUACCUUCGAAGCUAUUCUACAGACAGAAAUUGCUUGCGUGUAAAGAAGAUACCUCUUCUUUGAAAUGUUGGCUAAGCCUCCUUCCUAACAAAGAAUUUCCUGUUCUCUUCAUUGGCAUUCAAGGCUGCGAUGAGAGAGAAGGCAACGAUCCGUCAUGGUUUAAUCGAAUUGAGGCAAGCAAGGUUGUUGAUAUUGUAAAGAAGCUUAGAGGAAGUGAAGGUCUAAGGGAGGAAGAUAUUGGGGUAAUAGCACCUUAUAGACAACAGGUGGUGAAGAUAACUAAAGUAUUGGAAUCAUUUGAUAUGGGCAGUGUUAAGGUUGGGAGUGUUGAGCAAUUCCAGGGACAAGAGAGAGAAGUUAUAAUUGUUUCAACUGUGAGGUCAACAGCCAAACACAAUGGGUUUGAUAAAACCUAUUGUCUGGGUUUUCUUAGCAAUCCGAGGAGGUUUAAUGUUGCGGUUACUAGGGCGAAGUCCUUGCUUAUCAUAGUUGGGAACCCACACAUUGUCAGUAAGGAUCCUUAUUGGCACAAGCUUUUGUGGCACUGUUUUGACAACAACUCCUACCAAGGCUGUCCUCUCCCAGAAAGACGAUAUUAUGCAUACAAAGAGCCUAAUUUGGAAGACAAUUGGAAUUAUGAAGGAGGUACCUAAACAUUUAACAAAAGGACAUGAACGGAUAUCUUAAUUUCCUCCUCAGUCUGUUAAGAAUGAAACUGAAUAAUUGGCAACAAGGUUUUUCAAUUUCUUGAACUACAAAUUCAUAAUUAAAAGAUUAACUGCUUGAAGAUUAUAUAUAUGACAAGUAUGGGAUAAAAUGUGUUCUAUUCUACGGUAUGCUCUUUAAGAUAUUAUGAUUGAAAGCAAGUUGAAAACAAAGUUUUAUGUAGAACUCAUAUAUAUACACACAUUUCAUUUUUUAUUGUGUUUGGGGUUUUAGGGGAAAACUACUCCAUGGUCCGGCUCUGAAUUUGCUAUAAUUUCCAAAUUUAAAGCAAUUUUUCUUUUAGAAGUUUUUCGACUUCUCAAAUAAUUCUUAGACUUUUCAUUUUACACAAAAUCAUAAGCUACUUAUUGACAAAAACUUUAACCAUGAUAUGGA